CCAUACGACCCGCAAUUUUAUUUCAGAGAUACUCACGCAAAAGCAGGAGUUAUGUGUAACUUGUAGGCUCCGCCCAGCGUGAGAACCUGGGCCUGAUUUUCAGGCAGUGCCUUGGACAACAGCAGCCUUGGAGGACCCCAGCUUGCCGAGGGAGACGUGGACCUGAGCGGGGCGAGACGUUGAGGAGGAAGUGGGCCUGCGGGACGGAGUUGGUGUGUUGCGGUUUCUGUCGAGACCGGCGGCACCAUGUCGAAGGUUUCCUUUAAGAUCACACUGACGUCGGACCCGCGGCUGCCGUACAAAGUACUCAGUGUUCCUGAAAGUACACCUUUCACAGCAGUCUUAAAGUUUGCAGCAGAAGAAUUUAAAGUUCCUGCAGCAACAAGUGCAAUUAUUACCAAUGAUGGGAUAGGAAUAAACCCUGCACAGACUGCUGGAAAUGUUUUUCUAAAGCACGGUUCAGAACUGCGAAUAAUUCCUAGAGAUCGUGUUGGAAGUUGUUAAUAUCUGCUGCUUGGAACAUAUAAUCCCCUUUCAGAAUAAAUAUUGGUAUUGUUAUUGUUGUAAAAUUGGAAUCGGGCAUUUGAAAUCCUAUGAAAACACCAGUAGUUGAUGAAAUAAUGAAAGAUGACUUCUCGUUUUUCACACUUCACGUGAAGGGGGGACGCUUCUGCACUGAGGCUGCCAUCAGCACAGAAGAUCACAGUCUUUCAUUGCUACCUCACAGCACACGCAGGUAGUUCCUUGGGGGUAAAUGGAUUCUCUAACUGUGUCUUAUAACUGGACAAUGCUUCUGAUCAUUCUUUCUGAGGACAUUUGGAAAAUUAAAAUUUACUGAAUCUUACCUUUGAGUUAAAAGUGUAAAAAGACUGAAUCUGUACAUGGCAGUUUGCUUGACAGCAUCUGAUUUGCAAACACAGAAAUAGUUGAACUCUUCAUUAUAUAUCAUUUAUAAUAAAGAAUCACAUCAGUGAAUAACUAUCUUUUUAUAAUUUAGUUUGUUUUAAAGUUUCAAACUUCUUGAGUUCUUAUGCAUUUUAAUUUAAUAUCAAAGAGCCAAAAAUUAAGUUUUUGAUCUAGCCCUUAUGUGUAAAAUUGGUAUCCCACACCAAAGAGUUUUAGCUGUAAUCUUGCAGACUCCAGUACUUACAAUGGUGAGAAUUAAGAAUAAAAUAGAAGCAUCAGUUGCUGAAUUGUACAUUCCUUUAUUCAUCUCUUUCAAAACAACCUUUAAAAUAGUAAUCCUCAAGAAACCACCAUCUUUUUGAGGAUAAUAUUUCUAAAUAGCGUUCAGGGAGAAAGUGUUGUAAAGAAGAUCUGAAGUUCACAGCAGAGCUCAAGGAAAUGCUGAUUGAAAUGCUGGCUAAUUAUACUAACUGAAGACCCAGCAUUUAAGGAGGUGUUAGGAUUAGUUACUGGAGUCAAUAAGAAGCUAGGAAAGGAAGAUGAGGAAGCCCAGAUGACCAGGAUUCUAGUAAGAAGAAAAGAAACAAAAGUGAAGAGGAAGAGAGAACUGUCACGGGAGUGUCACAGAAAAGACCAAGCUGAAUAGACAAAACUGCAGAGGCUAUGUUGGGAAGAACCAGAAGGAAACAAAAUACUUAACAUUGUUAUAAGGAGCAGGAGGCAAUCAGAGAAAGCAAAGCAUAGGCCUUGUCAACAUACAGAUUUCAAAAUUCCCCUUAGAGAAUCUAAAGAAAGAUAUGCAUAAUGGAAGGUUUUGUUUGCCCUUAGAGAGGACAUCAAUAUCUAUGCACAUCUUGAAAGGCGAAACGAAGGCUCAUAGUGAUUGAGGACCAGUGCUUGACUUGCUGUGUUCUGGAUGGUGAGCUCUCUGGAGGCAGGCCUGGUGUCUGUCUUGCACUUCCUAGGCCUGGAGAUUUAGGCUUUCAAUAAAUAUGUGUUGUAAUACUCAUGAGUGAAGUAUUUCUAAGACCAAUUUUUAUGUAAGUGUGCAUAGGCACUAGGUUCAUUGGGGACAAAAUUAUGCAACAGAAUUAGUAUCUGAAGGGUGAUAUUGGUUAAGUUUAAGAAAGUAACUAGAUAUUGUUCAUAUAUUUGACAAAUGAACAGCAGAUUCUGAAUUGUAGAGGGAGAAAAAAUCUGCUGAGGUAGAGAAAUAUGUUGCUAAUGUUUGGGGAAUUUUUCUACGAAGUCUGAUGGUUAGAGACUCCUGGUCUUUAACAUUAAGCCUUGGUUAACCAGAAAUUUAGGAAUACCCACUUUCUGAAUUUUUUGUUUUAUUUAGAUCCCCCCCAUUCUGUUUCUAGCACAAAAUUCUGCCUGAUUUGUUACAUAAAUAAGACUUAUGAUGUCUCAUACCAUAAUUUGUUUAAUAUUUUUGUUCUUUGGUUGGAAAAUUUUAUUGCAGGAAGAUGUUAAAAAUAUUUUCCUAAAGAACUAGACAUUUUGUUAUUAAAUAAAUGUGAUCUAAACCUC